AUGGCUACCCCCAGUGUCCUUACCUUUGAUGCUGAGGGUCGUGCUGCUGACUUUGAGGUCUGGGUCGAUGACCUCCAGCUCUUCCUCCAGUGCGAUAGGGCAGACGGACUCUCCCUGUUUGAUCUCACCUCUGGUGCCUCUCCUACCCCGCCUGCUACUGGUGACAGCACUGUUCGCUCACAGUGGGCCACACGCGAUGCUGCUGCCCGUCUUGCUGUGCGUCGCCACUUACCGACCGCUGAGCUUGCGCACUUUAGUCAGUACAAGAGUGCUAAGACCUUGUACGACGCUGUAGUUGCACGCUACUCUUCCCCUGCCACUGCUCCUCUUAGCCGCCUCAUGCUGCCGUACCUGUUCCCUGACCUUGCUGCCUUUCCCACAGUCGCUGACCUCAUUACGCACCUUCGCACUAGUGACACUCGCUACCGCGCUGCGCUUCCUGCUGAGUUCUGUGCCAAGAACCAUCCCCCCAUGGGUGUUCCCCCUCCCCCCUCUUGCCCUCUGUUGCUUCUGCUGCUGCGGCCAACCUCGUUGGCUUCGAGUCGGUCGGCGCUGCGUCUGCCCCUAGCGAGAGACGCUGCACCGGCAAGGGCAAGGGGGGCAAGGGCGCUAGAAGGGCUGGCGAGGGCGGUGGAGGUGGCGGUGGAGGCACUGGAGGGGGUGGGGGCGGUGGUGGGAGUGGUGGCGGGGGUGGAGGUGUCGGUGGCAGCAGUGGAGGCGGAGGAGGCGGCGGCCGUGGCGGUGGGAGCGGAGGCGGCGGAGGUGGCGGGGGCGGCGGCGGCGGAGGCGGUGGAGCUGGUCGCGGCUCUGCACAGAGGAGGGGCUCCGGUGUGGUGCUGA